CACACUGCUCCGGGCUCCGGCUACAGCUGCAGCAGCUCCCCGGACUUGAGCUCCACAGGUCGCGUCGGAGGUUUACCGCAGACCGCUGGAUGUUCGUUGUUCUGUGGUUUUGUUUUUGUGUUGUUCAGCUGAGUUUGAGUUUGAAGCUUUUGGAUGAGAACGAACAUAAACCGCGGGUUUUUGUGUGUGAACCAGUGAAGUGGUCUGAACCUGAUCCAGGAUCUGGUCUCUGUGCUGUCCCGCUAAGUGAGUGAUGAUUGAUUUGGAAAUGUCAGCGCCGCCGCUGCGCGCAGCUCCGCGCACUCCAUCAUCCCGGCGGGGCUGAGGAAAGUGAGAAACCACCUGUUGUGAAAGUUUCCUGGAGCUUGUCACGGAUCAACCCGAGCUGCUAAAACAAGACGCCGAGAGCCGAGAGGGAGUCGUGGCCGCGGAAUGCCGCUUUUAUGUCCGGAGGUUUCUGAGAAGAGGCUCCCGUCUAAUGAGCGAUAAUUCCCGCAGACCUCUCCCCGGGCUCCGUGUUGUGUUUGCAGUGAGCAUGUUGCCAUGGUGCCCCGGGCUCAGAUGAACAGGACGGCGGAGCUGCGGUCGGGAUGGCUCGGGAGGACGCGGUGAGGUGUCUGCGAUGUCUGCUGUACGCGCUCAACCUGCUGUUCUGGCUGAUGUCAGCAUGUGUGCUGGGAGUGGCAGCCUGGAUCAGAGACUCCCUGAACACCGUCCUGACCCUGACAGCCCACACCAGGUUGGAGGAAGCGGCCGUCCUCACGUAUUCUCCAGCUGUCCAUCCCGUCAUCAUCGCCGUCUGCUGCUUCCUCAUCAUCGUGGCCAUGGUGGGAUACUGCGGCACGCUCAAAUGUAACCUGCUGCUGCUGUCCUGGUACUUCGGCAGUCUCCUGGUGAUCUUCUGUGUGGAGCUGGCGAGCGCUGUGUGGACGUACGACGAGUCAUUAGUGCAACGCUCUGAUAUGAUCAGCCUGAAGUCCCGGAUGCCAAACUACGGCCUGCAGCGUUACCAGUGGCUCACACACACCUGGAACAGCUUCCAGACAGAGUUUAAAUGCUGCGGGGUGAUCUACUUCACUGAUUGGCUGGAGAUGACAGAGAUGGAGUGGCCACCUGACUCCUGCUGCUCCAAUCAGUAUCCAGGCUGCGCUCGCCACGCCCACUACCACGAUCUGAGUGACCUCCACCAAGAGGGCUGUGGUCCAAAGAUCUACAGUUUCAUUCGUGGGACGAAGCAGCUGCAGGUGUUGCGUUUCCUGGGUGUGUCCAUCGGCGUGGCUCAGAUCUUGGCAAUGGCGCUCACCCUCACGCUGCUCUGGGCUCUUUAUUAUGGACGUCAGUCUCCGGAGCCGGACUCCACGAUGCAGCCACCGCCCCCGGACGACUCCACCCCCCUCACAGUGACUCAUGGACCCUCAGCUGAAGCCUCAGGCUGCAGCCGCUCUCAUAAAAACUGCACUAACUCACCUGCUGCCUCCAAAUUUCAUCAGCACCAGUUUGAGAUGGAGCGUCUGUCGUAGCCGAGGCCGAGUGGCGUGCGACUGUUUGAGGACUGAAGAAGAACAAACCUGGUUCAGUCAUGGGUCUGUCCAUUGUUUCACUCAGGUGUAAAAACAUCUCCAGCUUCAUGUCUGAGAUAUAAUCAAUGUACAGAAACACAAACAGGAAGUUUGAUCAA